GAGGGAAUAGCGCUCAACACUUAGCACCUCGUUUGGUAACCUAAACCUUGUGCCCGCCUCACUGUCCCGCAUGGCGUCGAGCAUUUUGCGUCGAAAUCGAAACUGGUAAUGCUUCCAAUGGCGAGGAGCCUGGUCCCUUCUUCAAAGCCCGCGUUCAGUCCAGGACGGUUGCGUCGGAGUGCGGCGCUCUCGUCGCAGAGCUAAAUUCUUCCUAUGAGCGCCAGAUACUCGUUCGAAUAGUUUGGUCGCGUAUGAUCGCGAGGUUCAAGCGUCGGGGAGGAAUUAGCAAUGUUCAACUAGUACACAAUGAAUGUGCACAAAUUUCACUGUGGAAUUCUGGAAAGGCGAUGAUUGAUUUCACCGAUCUGUUUUCUGUAAUUCAUCUGGUGUUGCGUGUUGAGAAAAAAGUUUGCAAUGGUGGGGAAUAGAUUCCAGCCAUGCAGGCUACUCCUUGCAGUGCUUGUAUUUUCAUUUGCCUGUCAUGCGACGUUAUCUCUAAGCCCGCGCUCGGAGUGCUACAUGCUGGACGUGGAUAAUCAUUUUUAUGACUUUACGGAUUGGAUUGGAAAGGAGUUUCAAUACACCGAUUUCCAGGAUGGGUCAACGUACACGCUUCGUUUCUGCAAGGACAUGCAAGUCAGAUCUGGCCAGUCAAUCAUAAAUUACGGUCGCUUCUCACCAGCGUACUCUUCGGCGCGGGACACUUCUGAUUCAUUUGUCCAAGAAUAUAGACAUGGAGACUUGAAGGGUUGCGAAAAUGAGGGUUACGACUACAGCGGUAGGGGGUCGAUGGUACUAGACUGAACAUUUUUACUUUGGACUUCUGUUCUGCUGUUGUGUUGGAGCAUACAAGUGCACAAUGCUUAUUAGAACAAUUUCUUCCCAAGGUCUCGGCCUCUCAUUCCACAACGAUGUCUUGUUUCUAAGCAUCGAGUUGACGCCGCAUACAUCGUCAGCGCGCAGUAGCCCGAAAUUACGUGCAAGGCUUGCGGCCCCAUUGGACCUCCCCUCUCUUCUUUGACUCUGCUCUCGGAUUUCCAUCCCUGCUGCCCUCCCGUUUGCUGCCUGGCUUCGGAUGCUCACCACCUGUCUGGCCUCGAUUCUUCUUUGGACUGUGGGUGGGGUCCCCCCUCCCGCCCACUUCCCUCCCCACCUUCUCUGGUCCCCCUUUUGCGACAAGCUCUGACUUGCACUCAUUUCAUAAUGAGCUGCUGUACUUCCGGUCGUUUUGCCCUACAGGUUGUCAAGUUGUGGCUCAUUCUGUUUUUUCCCCUUGUCUCGUCGAUCACUCGAGGUGUGUAUCGUGUUCGUUUAUUUAAUUAAUUUUGUUUGGUUUUUUUUAUUUUCA